GUAUGGAAAGUACAUACCAGACCUUGCAGUGAGGAUGAUUUCCACAGUUUUUCCAAAAUUUAAACCAUAUAGGGCAAUAUUGUCUGACAGGCAUAUUGUGUUUUGUGGCUAUCUGGACCGUCAGAAGAUCCUCACUUUUAUUACAACAGGGAUACACAGGGAGGCUGACCUGGUCUUUCUGGGCGAUUGUACUCCGUAUGAGGACGGCAAAUCACCACUCCAUGCCCUGCAUCCUGUCCAAGGCCUGGUUCAAGAUGGUCGAGAACUUGUUGCGAUGCAUAAAGCCCAAGCAUGCAUUUUCCUCUCAGACCAGAAGAGUAAGGACCAGGAAGGGGAAGACUUCCGAAACAUCAUCUCGGCAUUAAAAGUCUCCAGAUCCACAACUUCCCCAGUCCUCCUGGAAUUGCUUCAGUGCAAAAACAAGAAAGUCUUUGAUGAGUUGUAUCAGCCAAGACAAGACGGCAAUGUGAGCGUCUUCUGCUAUGCAAAGUUUCACCUUCAGCUGAUGGGUUAUUCAUGCCUCGUCCCUGGAUUCUCCACAUUACUGGCAAACCUUAUUUUGUCAGAUAUGGUUGAAGAUAUCAGCAAUCAGACCCAUGACAUGAUAUGGGAGAAAGAGUACAACUCUGGAAGAAGCUCCCUUAUCUCCACUGUUUGUUUGUCAGAGUCUUUCGAAAACAUGACUUUGCAUGAGGCUGUUCAAGUAUGCCACAAGAAGUUGAGGCUCAUCCUUUUAGGGAUCAGAACUCAUGAGUCAAGUGGUAGUAUGAUCAUCAUGUAUCCCAGCAAUCCAUCUCUAGUAAUACCAGAAAGUACUAUGGGAUACUUUUGCACUCGGGGAAUAGAGAAUCUUCAAAGAGCUUCCAUAUAUUGUUCUUUGUGCCACGGCAGUCAGGAUGAGGAAGGGCUGUUCGAUGGCCCUUGCAAAUGUUAUGAGAAUGGAAAGAGACAGCCGAAUGUUAAGGUCCAGGAUUUUAAAAAGACCUCGCGCUGUGCUUCUGAUGCUGGACCUGCAAGACAAAUGACAGAAGAUGAGGAUUUUGAUGGCUCCUCUGAGAAAGAUUUUGCUGAAUUCAUACUAACACAAGACGAGCUGAGUUCAUUUGAUUUGCGCGGCCAUGUAGUCGUCUUCAUCAUAGCCCAUAAAGAUUCACCAGCCAUUGGACUCGAGAACUUAUGCCAGCCUCUGAGGUCCUAUUGUGUCCAGCCCUCUCACCUUCACAGGAUCGUCAUCAUUGGACCACUCGACUACCUAAGGAAAGAAUGGGUCGAGCUACGGAGAAUCCCAGAGAUUUAUUUUUUAGAGGGUUAUCCAUGCGAAGAAACCCUAGAGGUUGUGAAACUGGCCACUUGCCAGAUGUGCGUCCUCCUCAGUGCCGAACCAGAAAAACUGGAUUCAAGAUUCAACUUUGCAUUCGAAAUGCUGAAGGUGACUUCGAGUCGGUUAGUCCGCACCAGGAACAUGGCGGCUCUGAUGUAUGACCCAAUGGACGGACAAUGCAACUUCUGUCAGAGGCUUCCUGUUCUAGCUAGCCAUAUUACUGAUGAGCUGAUGACACCAGUCAGUGACUCCCUUGCAGUGGCAGUAGGACAGACAAUUCCUCCUGCACUCUUUCACUCCUUUGCAUAUUUGAACUAUGGCAGGUCAGAUGUCCUCAGUUUCGCAAGCACACUCAUGCAAGGCGGACUAUCGCCCAAAUCCCUUGUGGAACAAGGUUAUGAUGAGGUUCAAGUGCAAUUACUAGAUCCUGUAGAUCUGAAGGAUGAGGCAAUCAACAGCAGAGGAACAUAUGAAGAAGUCUUUCGCAGUGCCCUGCAUAGCAACAUGCUAUGCCUUGGACUCUACAGAGAACUGGCUGGAAGUUCUGAAGUUCCUCCUUUGAGGUACGUGAUAACAAACCCUGAGAAGGACACCGUCAUCCACGCGACUGACCUCGUGUUCGUCCUGUGCCGCAAACCGAAGGUACAUCCACCGAGAAGACCGAGUUUGGCCGUCGAAACUCUCGAAAUUGAUCGUGGUGCCGGAAGCGGUCAUAGCAAGCGCAGAGGACAACAUUCAACAAGGCCUGGGUCUCAGUGUUGCUUUAGCUAAAUUACGUCUAGAGGCAGUGGCCAACCACCAUCGGCAAUGCGAGUUACUAAAUAGUCACCACGCACUUGGUCACCACAAGAUCCACCACUUCGGGAAGGAGAAUCUGAA